AUGACUGUUCCGAACCCGUGGCUUCGAAGAGACCAGACAGCCAUGUGCGGAUCCCGUGGCACUUGUGUCGGUGGCAGCCGCGUGUCCUUCGCGCAUGUCAUGGAAGUGGUGGACCUGGACAGCGCCACGGUGGAACGCGUGGCCCUCAGCAAGAACGAGCGGCCAGCAAAGCACUUGCGAGACUUCUUGGCCAAACACAAAUUCCUCCAUGCGGAUCGCCCACGGCCCUCGUACGUGAAAGGGCCAGAGAUGUAUCCCAUUCAUGUGGCGGCAGCACUUGGCAAUGCGCAUAUCUUGAGAAUGCUCUUGGACGCAGGUGCAGAUCCCACUCGGCGUGUUGAUGGCAAGACCGCCGAAGGAAUUGCUGAGAUUCUCAACCGAGAAGGUUCACACGCGGCCUUCAUACGCACUUUGCGAGAAAGGGCUUUCUGCAGGUGUGAUGGUCAGGGCUGUGAUGUGUGUGACGUCCUGUAUUCUUUGAGCGUCUAA